AGCAAGCAGAUGAUUAAAUUUAUUUCUGGGAUUACAAAGGAGUCAAUAAUUGAUUUAGAAGCUACCAUAAAAACAGUCCCAACAAAGGUGACGUCUUGCUCGCAGCAAGACGUCGAGUGCUCGAUCCAAAAAAUAUUUGUAGUAAGCGCGGCCAAGUCUCAGCUGCCAAUUUUAGUGGAAGAUGCCGCGAGGCCGGAGAAUGCUGAGAGCGGGCCCGCGAUCACGGUUAACCAGGACAUGCGGCUGGACUAUCGUUUCUUGGACUUAAGGACUCCCGCGAACCAAGCGAUUUACCGCUUAGAGUCCAGGAUCACUAAUUUGUUCAGGCAAAUUCUUCUGGAGAUUGGCUUUGAGGAGAUUCAUACUCCGAAGAUGAUUUCUGCUGCCAGUGAAGGCGGUGCUAAUGUCUUUGAGAUGCCUUACUUUGGAAAGAAAGCUUAUCUUGCUCAGUCGCCUCAGUUGUAUAAGCAGAUGGCUAUUGCUUCUGAUUUUGAUAAAGUAUUUACUGUUGGUUCAGGUAAAUUAUUAUUAUUAUCUUUGUUAUUAAGAGAAUAUGACCUUGUAUCUUGUGAAAUAUUGACAUUUUUAAAGAUAUAAGCUCAUCCUGAUGUAAUACUCAUCGAGAGCUUUCAUUUGAAUAUCCACAUGCACUUUUUAUAUAUUUUAUAUAUUUAUAUAUAUUAUAUAUAUAUAUAUGUAUAUAUAAAAAAUAUACCAAAA